GGAGGGGACACGGAGGCCGCCCUCGCCCCGCCACCCCUCACCCUUUUCCCCCCCGCCCCGGUUCCGGGAGAUGUGCCGGGCGGGGGGCCGGGGUUCGCUGAGCCGCAGGAGAGACGCGCAGGGCCGACCCCGGAGCGGCGCUGGACAGGCUGGUGGGCCAGGCCGUGGUGCCCACCUGCUGAUGCGGGGCAAGGCCCCCCGCACAGGACACUGAGAGCCCCGGACCCGCCCCUGGCCGCCGCCAUGGCCCGCCUGGCCGCUGUGCUGUGGAGUCUCUGCAUCACCGCCGUCCUGGUCACCUCGGCCACCCAAGGCCUGAGCCGGGCUGGGCUCCCGUUCGGGCUGAUGCGCCGGGAGCUGGCGUGCGAAGGCUAUCCCAUCGAGCUGCGGUGCCCAGGCAGCGACGUCAUCAUGGUGGAGAACGCCAACUAUGGGCGCACAGACGACAAGAUCUGUGACGCCGACCCUUUCCAGAUGGAGAACGUGCAAUGCUACCUGCCUGAUGCCUUCAAGAUCAUGUCACAGAGGUGUAACAACCGCACCCAGUGCGUGGUGGUUGCCGGCUCUGACGCCUUUCCCGACCCCUGUCCUGGGACCUACAAGUACCUGGAGGUGCAGUACGACUGUGUCCCCUACAAAGUGGAGCAGAAAGUCUUCGUGUGCCCAGGGACCCUGCAGAAGGUGUUGGAGCCCACCUCCACGCACGAGUCGGAACACCAGUCUGGCGCCUGGUGCAAGGACCCGCUGCAGGCGGGCGACCGUAUCUACGUCAUGCCCUGGAUCCCCUACCGCACGGACACGCUGACCGAGUACGCCUCGUGGGAGGACUACGUGGCCGCGCGCCACACCACCACCUACCGCCUGCCCAACCGCGUGGACGGCACGGGCUUCGUGGUCUAUGACGGCGCCGUCUUCUACAACAAGGAGCGCACGCGCAACAUCGUCAAGUACGACCUGCGCACGCGCAUCAAGAGCGGGGAGACGGUCAUCAACACGGCCAACUACCACGACACCUCGCCCUACCGCUGGGGGGGCAAGACCGACAUCGACCUAGCUGUGGACGAGAACGGGCUGUGGGUCAUUUACGCCACCGAGGGCAACAACGGGCGCCUGGUGGUGAGCCAGCUUAACCCCUACACGCUGCGUUUCGAGGGCACGUGGGAGACCGGCUACGACAAGCGCUCGGCGUCCAACGCCUUCAUGGUGUGCGGGGUCCUGUACGUGCUGCGCUCCGUGUACGUGGACGACGACAGCGAGGCGGCGGGCAACCGCGUGGACUACGCCUUCAACACCAACGCCAACCGCGAGGAGCCCGUGAGCCUGGCCUUCCCCAACCCCUACCAGUUCGUCUCCUCCGUGGACUACAACCCUCGCGACAACCAGCUUUACGUCUGGAACAACUAUUUUGUGGUGCGCUACAGCCUGGAGUUCGGGCCGCCCGACCCCAGUGCGGGCCCAGCCACUUCCCCACCUGUCAGCACGACCACCACAGCCCGACCCACACCCCUCACCAGCACGGCCUCGCCCGCAGCCACCACCCCGCUCCGCCGGGUGCCCCUCACCACACACCCUGUGGGUGCCAUCAACCAGCUGGGACCUGACCUGCCUCCAGCCACAGCCCCAGCUCCCAGCACCCGGCGGCCCCCAGCCCCCAACCUGCACGUGUCCCCAGAGCUCUUCUGUGAACCUAGAGAGGUGCGGCGGGUCCAGUGGCCGGCCACCCAGCAGGGCAUGCUGGUGGAGAGGCCCUGCCCCAAGGGGACCCGAGGAAUUGCCUCCUUCCAGUGUCUACCAGCCCUGGGGCUCUGGAACCCCCGGGGCCCUGACCUCAGCAACUGCACCUCCCCCUGGGUCAACCAGGUGGCCCAGAAGAUCAAGAGUGGGGAGAAUGCAGCCAACAUUGCCAGUGAGCUAGCCCGUCACACCCGAGGCUCCAUCUAUGCGGGUGACGUGUCCUCCUCCGUGAAGCUGAUGGAGCAGCUGCUGGAUAUUCUGGACGCCCAGCUGCAGGCCUUGCGGCCCAUCGAGCGCGAGUCAGCUGGCAAGAACUACAACAAGAUGCACAAGCGGGAGAGAACCUGCAAAGACUACAUCAAGGCUGUGGUAGAGACUGUGGACAACCUGCUGCGGCCAGAGGCUCUGGAAUCCUGGAAGGACAUGAAUGCUACGGAGCAGGUGCACACAGCCACCAUGCUCUUGGAUGUCCUGGAGGAGGGUGCCUUCCUGCUGGCCGACAAUGUCAGGGAGCCCGCCCGCUUCCUGGCUGCCAAGCAGAAUGUGGUCCUGGAGGUGACAGUCCUCAACACCGAGGGCCAAGUGCAGGAGCUGGUGUUCCCCCAGGAGUACCCAAGCGAGAACUCCAUCCAGCUGUCCGCCAAUACCAUCAAGCAGAACAGCCGCAACGGUGUAGUCAAAGUCGUUUUCAUCCUCUACAACAACCUGGGUCUCUUCCUGUCCACCGAGAACGCCACAGUGAAGCUGGCAGGUGAAGCAGGCACAGGUGGCCCAGGCGGCGCCUCCCUGGUGGUGAAUUCGCAGGUCAUCGCGGCGUCCAUCAACAAGGAGUCCAGUCGAGUCUUUCUCAUGGACCCUGUCAUCUUCACCGUGGCCCACCUGGAGGCCAAGAACCACUUCAAUGCUAACUGCUCCUUCUGGAACUACUCGGAGCGUUCCAUGCUGGGCUACUGGUCAACCCAGGGCUGCCGCCUGGUGGAGUCCAACAAGACCCACACCACGUGUGCCUGCAGCCACCUCACCAACUUCGCCGUGCUGAUGGCCCACCACGAGAUCUACCAGGGCCGCAUCAAUGAGCUGCUGUUGUCGGUCAUCACCUGGGUGGGCAUCGUGAUCUCCCUCGUCUGCCUGGCCAUCUGUAUCUCUACCUUCUGCUUCUUGCGGGGGCUGCAGACCGACCGCAACACCAUCCACAAGAACCUGUGCAUCAACCUCUUCCUGGCUGAGCUGCUCUUCCUGGUCGGGAUCGACAAGACUCAGUAUGAGAUCGCCUGCCCCAUCUUCGCGGGCUUGCUGCACUACUUCUUCCUGGCCGCCUUCUCCUGGCUGUGCCUGGAGGGUGUGCACCUCUAUCUGCUGCUGGUGGAAGUGUUUGAGAGCGAGUACUCCCGCACCAAGUACUACUACUUGGGGGGCUACUGCUUCCCGGCACUGGUGGUGGGCAUCGCGGCUGCCAUCGACUACCGCAGCUAUGGCACCGAGAAGGCCUGCUGGCUCCGAGUGGACAAUUAUUUCAUCUGGAGCUUCAUCGGGCCAGUCUCCUUUGUUAUCGUGGUGAACCUGGUGUUCCUCAUGGUGACCCUGCACAAGAUGAUCCGGAGCUCAUCUGUGCUCAAGCCCGACUCCAGUCGCCUCGACAACAUUAAAUCCUGGGCCCUGGGGGCCAUCGCGCUGCUCUUCCUGCUGGGUCUCACUUGGGCUUUCGGCCUGCUCUUCAUCAAUAAGGAGUCGGUGGUCAUGGCCUAUCUCUUCACCACUUUUAACGCCUUCCAGGGGGUCUUCAUCUUUGUCUUUCACUGCGCCUUACAAAAGAAGGUGCACAAGGAGUACAGCAAGUGCCUGCGUCACUCCUACUGCUGCAUCCGUUCCCCCCCCGGGGGCGCUCACGGCUCACUGAAGACCUCAGCCAUGCGGAGCAACACCCGCUACUACACAGGGACCCAGAGCCGAAUCCGGAGGAUGUGGAACGACACCGUGAGGAAACAGACGGAGUCCUCCUUCAUGGCAGGCGACAUCAACAGUACCCCCACCCUGAACAGAGGUACCAUGGGGAACCACCUGCUGACCAACCCCGUGCUACAGCCCCGUGGGGGCACCAGCCCCUACAACACCCUCAUUGCUGAGUCGGUGGGCUUCAAUCCCUCCUCGCCCCCUGUCUUCAACUCCCCAGGGAGCUACCGGGAACCCAAGCACCCUCUGGGAGGCCGGGAAGCCUGUGGCAUGGACACACUGCCCCUCAAUGGCAACUUCAACAACAGUUACUCCUUGCGAAGUGGGGAUUUCCCUCCAGGGGAUGGGGCCUCCGAGCCACCGCGAGGCCGGAACCUGGCCGACGCUGCCGCCUUCGAGAAGAUGAUCAUCUCAGAGCUGGUACACAACAACCUGCGGGGCGGCAGCAGCGGGGCCAAGGGCCCUCCACCACCCGAACCCCCCGUGCCACCUGUGCCAGGGGGCGGUGGCGAGGAAGAAGCAGGCGGGCCCGGGGGUGCUGACCGGGCAGAGAUCGAACUUCUCUACAAGGCCCUGGAGGAGCCGCUGCUGCUGCCCCGGGCCCAGUCGGUGCUGUACCAGAGCGAUCUGGAUGAGUCGGAGAGCUGCACUGCGGAGGAUGGGGCCACCAGCCGGCCCCUCUCCUCCCCUCCGGGCCGGGACUCCCUCUAUGCCAGCGGGGCCAACCUGCGGGACUCGCCCUCCUACCCGGACAGCAGCCCCGAGGGGCCCAGCGAGGCCCUCCCACCACCCCCGCCUGCGCCCCCCGGCCCCCCUGAAAUCUACUACACCUCGCGCCCACCGGCCCUGGUGGCCCGGAACCCCCUGCAGGGCUACUACCAGGUGCGGCGGCCCAGCCACGAGGGCUACCUGGCAGCCCCAGGCCUCGAGGGGCCAGGGCCCGAUGGGGAUGGGCAGAUGCAGCUGGUCACCAGUCUCUGAGGGACCUCACGGACCAGGGGCUGGUGGCCCAGGCCAGGGAGGGAACCCUGGGUGGGGCUCUGGUGGGAGAGGGAGACUCAUGGAGGCAGUGGCUGGUGGGCCACUCUCUCCAAGUACCCGUCGGCCGUGGGCCCUCUAGGCCCCUCAGGAGUUCUGCCAUGGGGGCCUGUGGUGCAGGGUUCACAGACAGGGUUUCCUACCAGCCACGUGCACCAGCUCGAAUUGGGGGAAGUGCAGUGAGGAGAAGCCAAGAGGUCCCCAAGGGAGUAAGGAAGGAGAAAUUGGAUGGGUGCAGCCCACUCUCUACUUCCCCCUCUCCCCUACCUUCCUACCCCCUGGAGGGAAACGAGGGCUUUGGUCUCCUUGGGCCAAGGGCCCUGCUGAAUGGAACCUGUCCGCUGCUCCUGUCUCUGCAUCUGGAAAUGCUGCCAGCUGCACCAGGAAGGAGCAGUGGGAGCAGGCAGACAGGUUCCUCCUGUACUAGCUCCCUGCUCCUUGGAGACUGGGGCCUCUGGCCCAAGAGAAGGCCCCAGGGCAGGCGGAAGGGCAGUUGUGGCUGCUGGUUUAAAGGUGGAACUUUCUCUGAAGCUCCUUCCCUCCUCUGCUCUUCAUCCUUGCCUCCCCAGCAAGCCUGCCCAUCAGCCUCCUCAAGUGCACCCAGUGACCCCCUCCCUUGGGGUGACUCCUGAUGAAGCACAACUCCCCGCAGGGCCCCCAGCCCACAGGGGUGGCCAUAUUUGGGUAGUUCCCAGUCCUGUGGGCUCGGCUAACUGGGGAGCAGAUUUUGGGUCUGGAUCUCCCUGGGGAGUGGGUCCUGGGCUUGGAUCUUUCCCUAGGGGGCCAUCUUACCCCUUCCUCUCUCCUCCUCCUCCCCCAUUGCUGUAAAUAUUUCAACGAAAUGAAAAAGACAAAAAAAAAAAAAAGACAAAAAAAAAAAAAAAAAGGAAAGAAAAUCUCAUCACUUGAAGCCACCGGGAGCCUGUGGCCCAGCCAGCCCGGGGCUUUCUCCGGAGCAGAGUGGCGCCGCCGGGCCCUGGCAGCCAGGACUCCUCCGUGUAUGUGUGCAUCCCCAGCCGGGGUGGGCGGGCCGCCAGAGCAGCUUUUUACAAUCCAGAGACAGAAAACAAAAUCUAGAAGCAACAGCGAAACAAAGAACCUGUUUCCUUCCCGGCACUGUUUCUGUCGCCUCUUUCCCUGCUCCGCCUGUCCCUGGCCUCAGUCAGCCCUCCUGGGGCGUGUACCUCACUGCCUGCCCCAGGACCGGGGCCUGUCUCCCCCUCCCCUCCCCACUGGCCCGGGGGAGACACCCUCACACCCAAAGAUGCUUUUGCCAAGAUGGCUGCGCUGUCCCUUUGAGUUCCUGCUUCUUGUAUAUUGCUUCUGGGACUCUGGGCCGAGGAAGAAGGGACUGAUUUCCCACCUAGAGAGGUUGAUGGGGGAAGGAAAGUGGAGGCAGCAAGUGGUGGGUGUGACCGGGAGGCUAGGAGUGGUGAAGUUGUCUUCUCUCGAGGGGGGUGGGGAGGGUAUGCAAAGGUGAGAGAUCACCUUCCCUCCCCUACACCCUCCUGCAGGGGACACAGAGCCAAGUACCAGGGCCUGCAGUCAGGACACCUUUGUAUUGGGGGCUCUACCCCCAACCUAUAGACUCUGGAAGCUUCAGGCUGGGGAUGUCUCCUGAGUACCUCUUCCAGCACCCUCCUCUCCAGCCUCUUACCCUGGCCUCCCCUGCCCCAACUCUUUGAGGGUAGGGUAGUCCCAUUGCCACACUUAGCCCAGCCCUAUCAUUGCCAUUCUCCCAGGGGUGGCCCUCCACCCCUAUUCUGGCCCCCUUCUUGUCUCUUUUGCCCCUCUCUCUUUU